AUGUCUAAAAUUACAAAAGCCUCUUGUUACCAAUGCCGUACUUGCAAGUCAAUCUUUAAUAACAGUCGAACAUAUAAAAGAUGUCUCGAACGAUGCAUGACAAAUAGGGCAGAAUUACUUGACAAUGGCGAAGUUUCCCAAACUGUCUCUCUUCCUGAUCAAAGCCAGUUUACAUCAGCAAUGGUUCCUAACUUGGCUUUUGGAGAAAACAUCAACAUAAGUAGUAGUGAGGAUAUGGAUAUCAUUGAAAGUACUGAAGAUGAUGAGUCCAUGUACGAUUUUGGAGAAGAAUGCAAGAAUGUCAUUGACAAAAUUGAAGGCACCACACCCUCACUAGACUUUGAUUUUAGCCAGCCUCUUCCUGUUCCCAGCAAUGAUGAUAAAAAGAAUCUCGCGUUCAUGCAGUCGAUCCAAGACCCACACCUUGGAAACAAGCUUCUUGAGCACUUCUUGGAUAUCAAAGCAGACGGAUACAACAUUUGCAUCAGAGGUUGUAUGCAGUUCAACAACAAGAAUGAUAUCACAUACCUUCCUUUGUGCUUGGCUGAUGACAAGACCAGGGCUGAAAUGUUCUAUCGUCAUAACCACCAAUCCAGCCAUAAUGGGCAGAAAGCAGAUGUUUUUGAUGGUCAUGUAUACCAAUCCAUGAAGUAUCUGUUUUCUGGUGAAAACGAUAUUGCGAUUUCGUUGUCCAUGGAUGGGUUCAACCCACACAAUGUACCUGGAUCAGUAACCAUUGUUCAUGCAACUGUCUUGAACUUGAAUCCGACGAUCCAUUAUGAGAAAAACAGGAUGAUCCAAAUAGCAAUGCUUCCUGGUUGCACUAGUCCCAGUGCCAUCUGGUCUUUUCUUGAGCCAACGCUGAGAGAUCUCCAUUUGCUCCAGACAGAAGGCAUGGAAGUAAAGACACUGACAACAACAAUCAGGGCAAAGAUACAUAUCCUCAUGGCCACUGGCAAUAUUCCAGCUCUGGCAAAGCUGGCAUGCCAUGUUAGUCACACAAGUAAGAAUGGCUGUCGUAUUUGUCAUGUAGUGGGCCAAACUCCUAAACAUGGCCAGUACUUCCGCAUGUUGCCUGGAACCCAGACGCACUUACUGGAGAGUUUCAGAAACUACAAUUUGGCAAGCAGUGAAGACAGAAAGGGACUCAAUGAUCAGUCACCGUUAGCCUCAAUAGAAACAUUCUCUGGCCCGUUUUUUUUCGCGUUAGACAAGAUGCAUGGUCUGUGCCACGGAAUUGGUAAACAGGUAUGGGGACUUGUAUGCGGAAAGUAUGGAAUCAAGCAUCUUCUAUGUCUUUCUCUUGCCACUCAAAGGGAGAUUGGUGCUGCAAUGGUAGCUGCAAAAUCCACAAUCUCUACAUCAUUGCAUGAAUGGAACUUAUUUCUAGAGAGUCUUCUUUCUACAGCAGAUAUUGACAUUGGCGUGUUCACAAUUAACCAGCACAUUAUUCAGCAUUAUCCUCAGAUGAUUGAUCUAUAUGGCCCGCCAAGAGCAUAUAGCACACGAUCUGUGGAAAGAGCCAUUGGUGAGUACUCCAGGUCUAUCAAGAGUAACUCCCAAGUCAGUGUCAAUGCUGAAAACAUCAUGAUCAGACUGGCAAAAUCGUGGCAUGUAGCGGAACUGACAACUGUUGCAAACACAAAAACUCCACCAGCUAACCUUCUAGUUUACAGUGCAUAUACUGAUGGGUGGCCUGUUACAGAAGGAGGUGAUCCUGCCAAUACUGAGUGUGAGAUUGAGUUCUGGGGGCCUUUGAAGAAUUUAACAAUUUUCGAUAGCUUUGAAGAUAGAUCUCAUCUUUCUUUGCUUCUUAAAACGUUUUAUGAUUUGAAUGGGGAAGAAUGUAGUAUGCUUGAGCCUUCCAUAAAGACAAGCUGCAAGACCUAUCUUAAUGGUUGUGUUAUUGACACUGCAUUCAACCAAAGUUCUACAAGAGACAUAUGUCAUGUUCAUGUGCAGCUACAAGUGGACAUGAACUCCAGAAGAUCCCGCUCUUACCAUCCAGGAUAUAAGCAUUUCUUCGGAAAGGUGCCGAAGACUAUAGUGAUUCAUGCCAGUGACAUUGUAGAGUUGGUUGGCUUGAUGCCAUCAAAUGUCAAUGGUAGUCAUUACAUCAUUUGGCCUAGCCUUAAACGUGGCCCAAAAUUGACACUUGCACUGCAAAAGACCGCUGAUUUUAGUUCCUGA